AUGAGAAGACUAGAAAAUUAUACAGGAGAAUAAGCUAGAGCUUAUAAAAAAUUUGCUUAAAAAACAAAAGGAAAUAGAGAUGACUUUGAAGCAGAUUGUAAAUAAUUCAUUUUAUUUUAAGUAAAUUUUAAUGAAGCUCCUAAUAAGUUUGUUAAAAUUAAUGAGUCUAAAUAGACUUUGAAAUCAAUAAAAGAUUAAAUUGAUUAUUUUGGUUAUGAAAUAGAACCAUUUAAUAUGAAGAAUGAAAGAGAUGUUGGUUAAUUUGAUGAUGGAGGAUAUUUUGUAUUUGAUAAAGCAAAAGAUAAAGCAGUAAAGUAUAAAUAAUUUUACAUUAGUGAUGCUUGGUUAGAUUAAUUGGAUUAAAGUAACAUGUUCUAAGAACUUCAAGAGAAAGCUUAAGCAGAAAAUUCUAAAAAGAUUUAGAAAUAAUUAAAGGAAGCAAAUAAGAAUUAUGAAAAAAGAAUGUAGAAAAUAAGGGGAGAUGGUUUUUUUAGUUCAACUAAAUUUGCUACAAAAGCAGAGGCUUAAUAAUACUAUUAAAAUAAAUAAUAAGAAAAUGAAGAAGUAGAAGAGGAAGUAGAGGUAGAAGCAAAUAAAUAAUCAUAAGAAAAACCAAUUGAAUAGAAAGAAUCUAUAAAUAAACAAGAUAUUAAGUUGGAACAAUUAUCAGUUGAUGAAUUAAAGGAAAUUCUAUAUGAGCUUCUUGAAGUAAAUGAGACUCCUACAUAAGCUAUGAAAAGAGUCAGAUCAAAAUUAGCAGAUAAUCAAAAAAAAGUUUUUAAGAAAAAUGUUAGAAAAGAUAAUAAUGGAUCAAAUUUAAAAUAAAAUUAGAUGACUGAUGAAAAAUAUGGUGACGUAUAAGAUGAAGCCAAAAAAACAUUAGAUUUGUUAGUUGACAUAUGUACUAUUAUAGUAAAGAAUUCAAAUGAUCCUUCAAUCUAUAACAUUAAAAAAGAGGAAUUAGCGCCUCAAAAAGUAUCUCGCCUAGAAGAAGAUGAUAUAUUUUGA